AUGGAUAUGAUUUUGACUGUUCAUACACCUGUCUCCUAUGCAGACGAUUUGGUUAAUCAAGAGCAUCAUUUGCAACGAGCUCUUUCUGCCCAGCAAGUCUAUGGAACAGCAGAAGCCUUGGUCAUCCCUAUUCCAGAAGUGGUACAAGUAUCUGAAAAAUAUGAAACCUAUUAUAAAGAAGAUUUCAAACCAUCAAAACAAUAUAUUCAUGUUCAAGCUUUCAAUAUGGAGCAGGAAAUACCUGACUAUGAUAUGGAUAGUGAGGAUGAAGCCUGGUUAAAUGAGCAAGCCAAGAAAAUGGAAAUUACACCCUUGAAAUUUGAAGAAAUGUUGGAUCGGUUGGAAAAAGGCAGUGGUCAGCAGGUGGUUACACUUCAAGAAGCCAAAUUGCUAUUAAAAGAAGAUGAUGACCUGAUAAUUGCUGUAUAUGAUUACUGGUUGAAUAAGAGGUUGCGCACUCAGCAUCCAUUGAUCCUUCAAGUGAAAACUGAGAAGAGAGAUGGGUCGACAACCAAUAAUCCUUAUGUGGCUUUCAGGCGAAGAACAGAGAAAAUGCAAACUCGAAAAAACCGGAAAAAUGAUGAAGCAUCAUAUGAAAAAAUGUUAAAAUUACGACGGGAUCUUUAUAGGGCUGUGACAUUGCUUGAAAUGAUAAAAAGGCGAGAAAAGACGAAAAAGGAAAUGCUACAAUUAACAAUUGAAAUUUUAGAGAAACGAUAUCAGUUGGAAGACUUCCAUGGUCAGCUUUUAGCUGAUGCCGAAGCACAGAAGCAUUCCAGACCAUCCUACAUUUCUCCCUAUGGUGUGGCUAGGCAAGGAGAAUGGGCUGAUGGUGUCAAUGGAGAGGAAUCAUUACAGAACAACAAAAAGCGUAUUUAUCGGAAAAGGAAACACCGACAAAUUGCUCAGCAGCAAGGUGCAAGUCUUAGUAGCAGCCAAACAAGUCAUUUCAAUGAUGUUGUGGAUUCUCUACAACCCGACAUGUAUAGUUCUGAUGAGGAAGGGCUUUCACCUGGCAUGUCACCAUCAGAUCAUGAAGAUGAAAAUGAUCCUGAUGGACAGUUUGCAUUCAGAAGGAAAAAGCAUUGCAAUUACUAUGCACCAUUGGUUGGCCGAUUAGGAAACUGGCCUUGGUGUGGCCCUGAAGAAGGUGGUUUAACAGACAAAAGAUUUAGGUUUUCACUUAUGUCUUUACCUCCACCACACAAUUGUAUAAGUUAUGCAAGGAGACGAGUGGGACGAGGUGGAAGAAUUCUUGUAGAUAGAGCUUUUACUCCACAAAAUGCAAUUCUUGAACAGCUGGAUCUGUCAAGCUCAAAUACUGCCACGGGUAUCCAUCGUGAUUAUAUCACAUACAUCAGGGAAAGAAAAAUUCCACAUUACACAUGGAGACGGCAAGUGAAGGAGGAGAGCCGUAGUCCUUGUUCUUCUGCAUCCACAGCGGAGACGACGACGACGACGACGGCAUCAACUGCAGCAUCCACGACAACCAACAGUGCAUCUACAACAGAGUUUAACUUUGAAAGCUUUCAGAAUCACAGAGAAGAAAUUUUGUUAAUGCAACAAAAACAGCGUCAACGCCUGGAAUCUUCUGAGGCUGAUAAUUUUCAGACACCUGAACAACAUUCCACAUCGUCAUCCAACCAUUCUUCAUCCCAUCUCACUUUGGACUCUGCUAGUGCAAAGUUUGCUGUGUCAGCUGUGAGAGACACCACACAGCUGCAAAACUCAUCUGGUGCUAAUUCCCAUUCAUCCUCACCAUCGUUGUCGUCAUUAUCCAAUGGUCCCAUCACAGAAUGUAAAGAUAACCAAUUUAGUACAAGCCAAACAGCUGCUGUACUGCAAUUAAAUCUCAAUCAGCCAUCACACAGUAGUGAUUCCCAUCUGCCAUCAGGACUUGUUUCACCUUCAGUUGUACCAGCUUUAAACAUGACCUCUAGUAAAGUGAUCACAUCAUCAAAAUCUGCUUUACCUGUUCUCAAGCUUUCAGCUACCAACAACACCACCACCACCACCACCACUCUGGAAUCUUUCAAAAAACAGACUUAUGAAGAUGGAAGUCUUCUAAAUUUAUUUUUUACUUUCUCUCCAUAUUUUUUUCUCUCUCUCUCCUUAAUACACAAAAACAAUUCUUGCCCUCCUUGA